AUGAAUCGAGAAAAAAUAAAGAAAAAAAAGACUACAAUAACACCACUGGUUGAAAGAUCUAUAACAGCAGUUACUGGGCAGACUCGAAAACGACAAGUCAUAUUACCAUCAGUAUAUAAAUCCAAAGAACUUGAUACGGAUUAUCUUCGCGCACUCAAGGUAAUCGAUCAGACAAAUGGACAAAAGGAAAUAAUUUCUGCAAAUCCUAAAAAGAAUGUUCGUAGAUCAAAUCCUAUGAAUAAAAGUCAUGAUCCUCAAGCAUCAUAUCAAUUUUCAUCAACAUUAACGCCAGUUGGUCAACAAGCAAUGAUGAAAACUUAUGAAGAUACUCUUAUUACUCACUUAACAGAUGUUUACUCUUCGAAACGUAUUGGUAAUGUUUUACCUCGUCUUCAGACUGCAGCAUAUCGUCAUCGUUUAUCACCAGUAAAUAAUAAGAAUAAUAAUCAAACUCAUGUAGAUAAUAUUCAUCAAGCUCAAAAUCUAAUCGAUCAUAUUCUUCAUAAUAACCGAUCUAAAGAUAAAAUUCUCUGUGAUUACGUGAAAUGGCAGCAUCGAUGGACACAAAACUGUUAA